AUGAAGAUAGAAUGGGGGAAGUUGAUAAUCGAAAAGAGAUUUGGGACUAAGCAGAAAGCCAAAACUCGAGUACAGAGGGCCUCAGUUACCGAGUACGGGGGUGUAGAGAAGCUAUCUGAGGAAUUGGCAAUGAAGAACAAAAAAAUAACUGGAGGAAAGCCAGCAAGAGCUAUGGAAGAAUCCGAGGAUCAGAGUGAUUUGGAUAUUAUCGUAGAGAGGCUUAUUCCAUCAGUUGAGCUUUCAAAGACAAUACCCCCGCGUGUUUCAUACGAAAGAAUAGAGAAAGAGAUAUUCAAAGAGGUCGAAAGCAGGAUUUUUGACUUAUGGAAAGGGCUACAAGGAUCCAGGGUAUUUGAGAGAAACAUAGAGAUAUGGAGGCAAUUGUGGAUUACCUGUGAGAGGAGUGAUGUAAUAGUACAAAUAGUUGAUGCAAGGAACCCAGAGUUUUUUCUCAACGAUGAUAUCCGCAAACUUUAUCCAAGAAAAGAGCAUAUUAUCCUAAUUAACAAGGCUGAUCUAUCUUCAAGCAGGGUAGAGAUAAAAGAAUAUAGAUGUUUUUACUAUUCAGCAUUGGAGAGAAAUAGCCUAUUGAAAUUUAUUCUGGAGUAUAAAGGAAAAGUGAUUGGAUUUGUAGGAUAUCCAAAUGUUGGAAAAAGCAGCACAAUCAACUCUAUAGUGAACAGUAAGCGUGUAAGGGUUAGUCAAACACCUGGAAAGACUAGGCAUAUACAGACAAUACACAUUGAAGAGGGGCCGUGCUUACUUGACUGCCCAGGAUUGGUUUUUCCAAGACAUGACAAAAUCGAUCUGAUACUCCAUGGAAUACUAAAUGUUGAUCAAUUACUCGACUUGAAUGGAAGCAUCGAUUACAUUGUGGAGUUCAUUGGAAUUGGUAAGCUUUGCAAAUUCUACUCACUGAAAGGAUUCUACAAUGACUCAAGACACUCCAGGGGUGUAAAUUAUAUGAACCUGAUGUCCAUGUCCAAGGGAUGGGAGGUAGGUAGAUGUCUUAAGACAAUAAUCAAAGAUUUUGCAUCUGGAAAAAUCCCUUAUGACAGAGAUGAUGAAGACAUCCCAGAGACCAUGUUUGAUUGGUAUGAAAGAGAAAUAGCUCCACAAAAGUCCUGUGUGCAAUGA